CAUCCUCUCCCCCCCCAUUUCCCUCCCCCCCAGCAGCCCCAUUCCCGGGCGUGACGUCACCCCCAGCUAGGUCCGAGGGAGCCUGCAAAAGCCUCUCAAAUUCAAACUGAUCGGCGCCCAGACAGCAGCCGCCGCCAGCCGGGGGAAGGGAGCCGAGCCGCCGCCACCGCAGCCUCAGCAGCCCGCCCGGCGGAGUCAGCAGCCCGCGGCGCCCCGCGCCACCCCCCACCCCGCACCCCGCGGUCCGCCCGCGCCCAGCGCACACGCACAACCAGCCGGGCGCCAGGUGGCCAAACUUCCCGCGGCUCCGCCGCCCGCCUCUGCCCCUUCUUCCUGCCCACCGUCAGGACUUUGGGUUGUACCCCCAGAGCCCCAAAUCCUCAGGACGUCCCCUCCGUCCACCCUCAUCCCAAACCCUAACCGUCAGCCCACCAGCCCUCCAGAUCGAGCAAACCGUUCCGUCUGCAAGAAGCGGCGUCUUCUCCGGGCUGCUUCUCCCACCCAACGGUUUCUCUAUUUGCACCCAAAAUGCUAAACUCCGGGGCUACCGUAAAGGAGGGGAGUCUCAUCUUCUCCUGAUGUGCUUGAUCGUAGGUGCCGGAGCCAGAUCGACUGUGCAUAAAGAUGCUGAACGGUGUUUGGUUGCUCAGUGUGUUAACCGUGGCCGGGAUCCUCCAGACGGAGAGCCGCAAAACUGGCAAAGACAUUUGUAAGAUCCGCUGCUUGUGCGAAGAGAAGGAAAAUGUACUGAAUAUUAACUGCGAAAACAAAGGUUUUACCACCGUGAGCUUGCUCCAGCCCCCCCAGUACCGGAUCUACCAGCUUUUCCUCAAUGGAAACUUACUGACCAGACUCUAUCCUAAUGAGUUCGUCAAUUACUCCAACGCCGUGACUCUCCAUUUGGGGAACAAUGAGCUGCAAGAGAUCCGAACUGGAGCGUUCAGUGGCCUGAAAACUCUCAAGCGACUCCACCUUAACAACAACAAACUGGAAGUUUUGAGGGAGGACACGUUCCUGGGCCUGGAGAGUUUGGAGUACCUGCAAGCGGACUACAACUACAUCAGUGCCAUCGAGGCGGGAGCCUUCAGUAAACUGAAUAAGCUGAAGGUCCUGAUCCUCAACGACAACCUCCUGCUGUCUCUCCCCAAUAAUGUGUUCCGCUUUGUUCUGCUGACCCACUUAGAUCUGAGAGGGAAUCGGCUGAAGAUGAUGCCCUUUGCUGGGGUCCUGGAACAUAUCGGAGGGAUCAUGGAAAUUCAGUUAGAGGAAAACCCGUGGAACUGCACUUGCGAUUUACUGCCGCUGAAGGCUUGGCUGGAUACCAUAACCGUCUUUGUCGGAGAGAUUGUCUGUGAAACUCCUUUUCGGCUGCAUGGGAAAGACGUGACACAGUUGACCAGGCAGGACCUCUGUCCCAGGAAGAGUGCCAGCGAUUCGAAUCAUAAAGCGAGCCACCCUUCCUUUUCCGACACCCACGUGCAGAAGCUAUCGCCUACCCUUAAUCCCGCUCUCACUCCUACACGGGCUCCCAAAGCCAGCCGGCCCCCCAAAACAAGAAACAGGCCCACGCCCAGGGUCACGGUGUCCAAAGACAGGCAGAGCUUUGGACCUAUCAUGGUGUACCAGACCAAGUCCCCCGUCCCCCUCACCUGUCCCAGCAGCUGUGUCUGCACCUCCCAGAGCUCUGACAACGGGUUAAAUGUCAACUGCCAAGAGAGGAAGUUCGCCAAUAUCUCGGCCCUUCACCCCAAACCUACCAGUCCAAAGAAGCUUUAUCUUACGGGAAACUAUUUGCAAACCGUCUACAAAAACGACCUCCCAGAGUACAGUUCUUUGGAUUUGUUGCACCUUGGAAACAACCGGAUUGCAGUCAUUCAGGAGGGUGCUUUUACAAAUCUAACUAGUUUACGGAGACUUUAUCUGAAUGGUAACUAUCUGGAAAUUCUUUAUCCUUCUAUGUUUGAGGGGCUGCAGAGUUUACAGUAUCUCUAUCUCGAGUAUAACAUCAUUAAAGAGAUUAAGCCCGGUACCUUUGAUGCAUUGAUUAGCUUGCAGCUGUUAUUUCUGAAUAACAACUUGCUGAGAUCCUUACCGGAUAAUGUGUUUGGUGGCACUGCUCUCACCAGACUGAACCUGAGGAACAACCAUUUCUCCCACUUGCCAGUGAAAGGGGUCCUGGAUCAGCUGCCGGCUUUUAUCCAGAUCGAUCUGCAAGAAAACCCCUGGGAUUGUACCUGUGACAUUAUGGGCCUGAAAGACUGGACUGAGCACGCAAAUUCCCCUGUCAUCAUUAAUGAGAUCACCUGUGAAUCUCCGGCCAAACAUGCAGGUGAGAUCUUGAAAUUUUUAGGGAGAGAAACCAUCUGUCCAGACAACCCUGACUUAUCAGAUGCUACCAUCUUAUCUAUGAGUCAUAACACAGACACCCCGAGAUCUCUUAGUGUGGCUCCCAGCUCAUACCCAGAGCUACACACAGAAGUUCCACUCUCUGUUUUAAUCUUAGGGCUCCUUGUGGUCUUUAUCUUAUCUGUCUGCUUCGGGGCAGGUUUAUUUGUCUUUGUCCUCAAGCGGCGAAAGGGGGUACCCAGUGGGCCCAGUAGUACCAACAACCUAGACAUCAGUUCCUUCCAACUGCAGUAUGGAUCUUAUAAUGCUGACACCGCUGACAAGACCGAAGGCCACGUCUAUAACUAUAUUCCUCCUCCCGUGGGCCAGAUGUGCCAAAACCCCAUUUACAUGCAAAAGGAAGGUGACCCAGUGGCAUACUACCGAAACCUCCAAGAGUUCAGCUAUGGGAAUCUGGACACCAAGAAGGAAGGGCCAACCACUCUGGCUUAUACCAUCAGUGCAUCGGAAUUGCUGGAGAAGCAGUCCACUCCACGAGAGCCAGAGCUACUCUAUCAAAAUAUUGCAGAGAGAGUGAAGGAACUCCCCAGCGCAGGGGUGGUCCACUAUAACUUUUGCACCUUACCUAAGAGGCAGUUCGCACCUUCCUAUGAAUCCCGACGCCAAAAUCAGGACAGACUGAACAAAACUGUUUUAUACGGAACUCCCAGGAAAUACUUUGCAGACCAAUCCAAACCCGAACAUCCUUUGCUUCAGGCCAAGCAGCCAACAGAACCGGACUACCUCGAAGUUCUGGAGAAACAAACCGCGAUCAGUCAGCUGUGAAGAGAGGGAAACAAAGAAUGAAAGUAUCAAGGGAGGCUGCCUGGGGAAGAAAGAAACAGCUGGAGACGGCCACAUUCAGUGCAUUGGCUUUUUGGUUUUUGUGGGGUGGGUGCAGUGAAGUUGGGGGGAGAUCUUUCUUUUCCAGGAAUAACAUGGAAACUUUGAAAAAUCAGUGAAGGAUGGGGAGAAAGCAAGCUUCUUGCUCUCAAAAGUUUUCCUCUUAAAUUAUUUUCACUUUUUAGGGUUUUGUUUUUUUUUCCUUUUUUUUUUUUUUUUUUUUUUUUUUUUAGCAUCUUUAGUAACUAUCCACUGAAAAUGAAUGUUGCUUCAAUGGCUUUUUCCCCUUUUCAUUUUACUUUUUGUCCUCCCCCCAAACUGUUCUGUUGUUGUUUCAAGGUACAGAUGAGGAAUGGGACACUCUAGGAGGUCCAGAAGGGGCUAGGAAAAAAAUCUUUUAAAGAAGUGGAUGCUGAAUGUGUUAUGCUGAAGAUCUCCAAAGAUCUUUUGGGACUGUCACUUCCUUUGUAAAUAAUAAUAUCUAGUAUUUCUCUUUCAGUUGCCACGCAAAGUCACUGGGCGUCACCUCUUGUGUUAAAGUGCCUUUGCACUUUAAGUACAUUACUUAAAUGUUGCUUUUAGCUUUGAUAAAUUGAACCUAUUUUAAUGUGUUGUAUUUUUGAAAGUAAAAAAAAAAUGUAAAAUAGAUAUAUAUAUAUAUAUAUAUAUGUCAGCUGCAUUCAAUCAAAGGAGAGUUUGCUUGAUUUAUAGGUAACCAGCCCUUCAUUAAAUGAUUCUAGUUAUAAGACUAUAGAUUUCAUUGUAAAAUAUUUCUUUUCUUCUGGGUUUGUUUUAAGUGAUUCAUUGAAGUCAGCUAAGCAGACUUAGUGAUAGACCAGAGGCACUCAACUGCCUUGGCUGGGCUUACUAUUUCAUUAAUAAAAGGUAUAGAACUAGCAUAGAGAAUUGAACAGUUAAGGUCCUUCCCUAAAUCAUUACCUUGCCAACACUAACAUGGUCAGUAAUGUUCAGUGCUUUUAGAUUAUUUUCCUAAUUAAGAGAACAUUACACAACUUGUAAUAUAUUUUUU